GCAGGCGGACUCUCAACCACUGCGCCACCAGGGAAGCCCCUGGUGACAACCUCCCCACGAGAACGUGCCUCUCGCAAAGGAUCCCCUUCAUCCCUCUCCAGAGGAGAAGAGGAAACACAAGAAGAAGCACCUGGUGCAAAGCCCCAAUUCCUAUUUCAUGGAUGUGAAAUACCCAGGAUGCUAUAAAAUCACAACCAUCUUUAGCCAUGCACAAACAGUAGUUUUUUGUGUUGGCUGCUUUACUGUCCUCUGCCAGCCUACAGGAGGAAUAGUAAGGCUUACAGAAGGAUGCUCCUUUAGACAGAAGCAGCACUAAAAGCAUCCUGAAUCAAAACAAACGGGAAACCAUCCCAAUAAACACAUUUUGGAUUAAAAAAAAAAAAGCAUGUACCAAGUCUGUCACUUCAAGGAAAACAAUAGACACUAUGGUUACCAAUGAUAAAACUGGAGCUUUCCAGUAGAAAUAAGAAUUUUGGAAAACUCAUACACACCUCAGUGAGCUUGAUAGCUUGCCAGUACAUAAAGACCUUUCUGAUGAGAUCAGUGGUUAUAUUAAUGAAUGGUAUUUUAAAAUAUAUAUAGUAUAAUGACAUGUGACAAUAUUUGGAAGAUCUGCAUAACUCAGUGAACCAAUAUUUUCCCAAUGACUGAUACAUACUUUUAAAGAAUCAAUCACACAUGGGUAAAAGAUCCAUUCAAAGCGAAAGGUAGAUCAGUGGAUUUCCUUGAUGUGGUUUUAGAUUCCACCUUGCAACUAACCUUUAAGAAGCUAUCACUUGCCGAGUUUUGGUGUAUUAUCAAAGAAAAAUAUCUUCAACAAUCAGAAAAGGCUAUUAAAAUAUUCCUCCUUUUCCCAAUUGCAUCUUUGUGAGACCAGAUUCUCUCCAUAUAUUUCAACCAAAACAAAACAUCACCACAUUGAAUGGAGAGGCAGAUAUAAAAGUCCAUUUUCUACUGUUAAGCCAAACAUUAGAGAUUUACAAAAAUGAAAAACAAUGCCUUUCUUCUUGCUCAUUUUUUUUUGGAGGGGAAUAUAUAUUUUUCAUUAAAUACAUUAUGUUAAGAUUUAACAGGUUUAUUUUAAGUAUUUAAAAUAAAAAUUAAAAAAUUUUGUUUUAAUUUUUAAUACAGUAAAUAUCAAUAUCUAAACCUAUAUAAAGUUUUUUGAUAUCUUUGAUGAUUUUUAAGAGUGUAAAGAGGUUCUGAGACCAAAAAGUAUAAGAACCACUAUUCUAAAUAGUUCUCCAAACUUGGGCUGGUCUCCUUUGACUAUUCACAAGAAGAUAGUACUUAGGGCCAAACCUGUAGUAGAAAAUGAUCACUUCCUAGUCCGGUUAGGCAGGGGAACAUUGUGAAGAAGGAUCCUCAGAAAUUAGAGUUAGCAUUGUAAUAGUUCAUUCUCACAGUAACACGCAAGUCUAAUAGAGUAGGACCAUCGAGUUUAAGGAAGGCAAGAAAAAGACCUUUAGGGAAAGACAGGCUGCAAGUCUGCAUCAGGAAAAAUCAAUAGCUGAAACAAACGACUUUGAAUUAGGAAUUCUGUUUGCUCUUGAUAUGUGUGUCCCUAAUCUAUUUACAGGAGUAACUUUUCCGUUCCUGAUCAAAAAAGACAAAAGGGAUUCUUCAGUUGGGUCUCACCAUGGGCCCACAAUUUCUGCUCAAGAGGGCAUAAUAAAAAGUGUGAGAACAAUGCAUUGUUGGAAUGGUACCAUGGUCAACUUUCAAAAUUUAGCUCUAAGACUGAUGUGGGAACCCCUCUAUGGUCUGUCUCCUUUUCAGUCAACAAGAGAACAAAGUCAGCCCUGAGGCUCAGGACCUUUAGGAUUCUGACCUUCAGCCUGAGGGUAGAAGGUGAUGUAUAUACCUGAGUAUUGUUUAGGCUAUGAAUUUAAUAAGGACAAAAAGCCAUGAGAAACCAUUUGACUCAUUUCAGCCGCUCAGUGUCCUGAAAUAUUCCAUCUUACUGUAAUGAAAAGAAUCAAAAUACGAUCUAACUCAAAAAUGGGUUGUUGUCCAAGAGGAAAGGGAAUAGUGACCAAUUCUAGCUUCAGAUGGGAUUGUUUCUGAAAAUAGAAGACAGAGCAUUACCAAUGAGGUCAAAGCAAGAACUGACUGGAAUCACCCAGUAGGUUCUUCAGUCCUUGGUUUGAUCAUUGCAGUAAGCUUUCCUGAUAGCACCUUGGAUAUCGACACAGGCCAUCUUGAUCACAAAUUACUAUUUACCUUCCUCAACACUUAUAUGUGAGGAAAGUAAAGAAUAACGAUAUAUAUGUGAACCCUGGAGUCAGCCUGUCUGGAUCUGAUCCUGUAUUUCUCAAGGCCUCAAUUUCCUUCUCUGUAAAAUGAGAAGAGUGAUAGUACUGACUUUUAAGAUUCUUGAGAGGAUUAUCUAAGAUAAUGCGUAUAAAGCACUUAACACAAGACAUGGCACAUACUAAGCACCUAAUAAACGGAAGUUAUCAUGGAGCGUCUUUGCUUCGUUAUUUCCAUCUGUGAGCAGUUUUUUCCGUUGUUUCUCAACAUAACCCCUUUCUUUCGGGGCUGCUGAUCUGAGGCAUCUGGUCCCUUAUAUCCCUGAGUCAUCAUCAUUGAGAUGCUGGGUUUCUGAAGUCAUCCCUCCUACUGCUCUCUAGGGCUCCCUCUCUUGACUGCUUAGCUCUCACGGGGGCUCAGACCCACAAGCCGUGGCUGCAAGUCUCUGUCGGGCUUGGCCACCCGUCUUGGAGAAAUGUCCUCAGUCCCCUUGGUGAUCACCUAAGACUGAGACCCAUUGGACCCAGAGAAACGCCCCAGCCCUGAAGCGGGAGUGAGGCGGGGGGUGGGGCCGUCCCCUAAGGUGAGAACAAGGCUAGGGGCUAGGCCGUGCUCGGAGGUGCGCGCGAGGCCACACCCCGAGGUGAGCGUGCUGGGGGCGGAGCCACACCGGGUGGACGUGAGGCCGGGGGCGCGGCCGCGUCGGGGAGCCGCCCGGACAGUUAAGC